ACUAUGUACCCACUUUAUUAGUUAUAUAUAACAACCCGAAUCGAAAGCGCAAUUUGGAGAAUAACUGAAUUUGUCACAGAGCUAUUACCUUCUUCAACAUGGACACCAAACAGGAAAGUGCAGUGGAGACCAAAGUGGAGACUGUAGACCACCGGUCGACAGCUGGGGAAGAAGGCCAAGCUGGGAAAGAGAAGGUCGGCGUGGUCCAUCUGCGUAAAAAGGACUCCGGCGAAAGACCAGGCGUGCUGGCGAGUGCCACCGCUGCAGUUUCAAACACCUUCAAGUCUGCCAAGGAAGCCAUCAUGGGCAAAGGCAAACAGCAGCAGCCAGGCACAACAGACACUCCCCAGUGACUUUCACAAAACCACCCUUUUGUUAAUUUGAAGCUCUGUUUUUGUUUGUAAUAUACUUAAGAAAACAGUUCGAUCAGAGUAUUGCCUCCAGAAUUGUGACCAUGAAAUUGGGAGCAGAAAUACACAAUUGAUCGGAAACCCAAUGAAGAAGAUUACAAUCCAACCAAAGCACAAUAGAGAUAGAGAACUUCCUCCCUCCACAUUAUUGACACACUAACUAACGCGCCCGCUUUAGAUCAUCAAAGGCGACACAUAAGAG